GGUGCGUGUAGCCGAGAGGAGCCCCGAGGCUGAGGCAGUAGCAGCAGCAGUAGCCGCUCGCCCUGCGCGCUCCGCACACGCUGCGCAUGAGCUGCCGCACAGCGCUGCGAACAUGAGCCAGGGCAUCUGGAAGCUGUACAAAAGCAAGUCCAUGAAAACGCUCGUACCUGACAGAGAGGACGACGCUCGGCUCUCGACGUGCAAGCCUAAAGACGGACGUCUCCUGGAGGACGUCUCCACGUCCGUGUCCCAGUUCGCCACGAAGGUGACGCGCACAGCCUGCACCGCGCUCCUCGCUCGCUCGCUCACCGUGGCCAUACCGCACGCCGCACACCCGGUUCAGGGGGCCAGGCUCAAGGGCUGGAAGGAUGUGACGUCUCUGUUCUCGGCAAAGCACAGUGACCACGAGAGGCUGACCGAGACUCACUCACCUUUACUUGAGCGGGCCACACGGGCUCAGCAAGACGCCGCAGACAACAACGUCGGUGGCAAAGAAUUUUGGAACAACUUUGGCCGCAAGCCGCGGGCGCGGGAAAGGAGCGGCAAUCAGUGCAGCCCCACGAAGGGAGACCCUCCCCAAUGGCCCCCGGAGGCCGACGAAGACGGAGGCAACGACUGGGAGCAGCAAACGACGCAGACGCAGAGGUCGUGGGGAAAGCGGCGUGAGGCCGAGGGGAAGUUCCUGCGCUCGAGCAGCUGGGACAUCCUGGACUCGGAUUUCGGUGAGCGGGAGGGCGGCAAGAAGGGCGGCACGGGCCGGGAUACGCACCCGCCGCGCAUCAAAGGCGGCGGCGGCGGCAACCGAGGCCAGAGGCAGGGCCUGGUGGACAGCAAAGAGGGCAAAGCGGCAGAGGCGGAGGACGAGGAGGGCUGGGGCGAGUGGGGAUGGAGGCCCAUAAAGUGACCCGCGGUGGCGUUGAUCGCGAGUGCGCGCGCGGGGACGAUUGGCGUUCCCUGCCGGCGCGCUCGGCUGUGCUGCAGGACGGCAGAGACCCCGUAGCGUUGGCAACUGUACACUCAAGAGUUUUCUGCAGAGAGAAAAGUGCUCUUGCAGGAAAAUAGAAAAAGAUUGGACAUGUUGUCUUUUGAUUUUUCAAUAGGUGAAUGGAAAGAUAGUUUUAAUUUUGCAAAAAACUAUGUUUUGGAAAAUAUGCUUUCAACUUUUUUCUAAAAAGCUUUGAUAAUACAUUUUGGGAUUCUGACUUACAGUUGUAUUAGAAUUCCGUUUACGUUAGUGAUUGGUAGCCUGAAUGGUUAAGUACAUUGCUGAAACGACACUGACAACUUUAAUUGGUUAAGUUUAAAAGAAAACGAUGAAACCCUUUCUGAAAACACCAAUGCAGGUCCUGCCCAUUCAUCCUGUUUCUGAUUUCCAUCGCCACAUUUCCUUUCCAUGCUUGAGGCAUCAUUGUCUGGAAUUUCUUUUGUCAGUUUUCAAUAAUUUUCUCCACAACUUUAACGUGACCUUUACAUGCUUUUGUAUCCGAUGCAUUUUGUAACUUGCCUUCGACAAGAACAUCAGUUCACUCUCUUUGUUAUUCCCAGUAUCCCUUUGCAUUUUCAUCCGGUUUUCUCAUUUUGCCCGUUUCGUUUUGCAUUUAUAUACAACAGAUGAAAAUGCAACAACUUUUUUAAACAGAAAUUGUAUCCAUAUAGUUCUCUGUAUCACACUUAAAAUAUGUAAUCCAUGCUAUUUUUUUCUCAGAGGUAAGUGAGCGGAGAGUGCGACAUUUCUACCAAUUGUGAACUCUUCUCAUCGACAUAAACAUGAGACUCAUUAUAUCUGACAUCGUUUAAAACAAAUACCCUGUCGGCCAUACGUUCUGGAGAGACGGGAAACUGUAACAUUCAAACUCGGGGCGUUUGACCUUUAGGACAGAUCCCCGAGUUUUUAUGAUGCAAAGGGCAGAUGAUCGAGAGGGGUGUACGUACUUUAAAGUUAUUUCGCACCGUACGUAGCCAACUGUGCUAAUCGGAAGGAUGUAAAGAUGGCUGCACCCAAAACGAUUCUAAAGCAAGAACUAUUCAAAUGAAGGAUCCUCAAAUUUGGGAAUGGUCAACCCUGCCCUUGUGUAUAAGAUUGGUCUUUCAUUAUUCACUGGUGAACAGAUACGUAGGCGCUCACAACCAAUAUCAUGAUUCAUCAUUAAUUUAUUUGGGUUAGAUUCUCAUGUAAAUGUUUUUUUACUGAUUAUCUACCAUCUGACAGCCAAUAAAAUCAAGUUGUCACCUUGACAAAUAUGCUAAGUGAUAUCGGUGUUUCAGCAAAGUGCGAUGUUGAAGAGCAGGCAAAAGUAAUAUUGGCAAUUGUAUGAAACCGUAUGCUAUUUUGCUUUGCUUUUCAGUUUCAUUUCAGUUUAUUUGGUAUAGCCCUGUGAGCCAUUCGGCUCUUGAAUCGGGUGCAACCGCAACAAACAAAAAACAAAAACAUGAACAAGAAACCAUCUUAAAGUGACUAUGUGACAAUGUGCUUCAUCAUCCCAGUUCGCAAACGAAAGAAAAAUACUGAAAGUUCGCCGAGGUGACAGCUGAUUUGAUUGUCUCUGCCCAGCCGUGACAGGUUUUAGUUUAAAAACGAAAAUGUACACUACACCUACAUGAUCUAACCUUAACGAUUCACUGGUGAUUCGCUAAGGGAGACAUCCUGAAGGUAUCCCCUUUGGCACAUAUUGCAGACCUUCCCCGUAUUGCUUCACCUUCCCAAUUACCCUGUGGUUGCCAAGAGUAAGACAUCACGCACACUGUUUUGCCUUUUGCGUUGUACUCGAUGUGAUCGGUAGCAUAGGAGUCCUGAGCUCAUGUGAAGCGAUCAGCCUCACUGGCCCGCCACAUUAUUCCGCAGUUUGAAGGGUCGAAUUAAAAUCGCAUCUGUCCCGUGCUAUAUUCUCACUCUCCAGGUGAAUGCAAUUAAUUUCAAUUAUAAUGGCAGCUUUUGAAAAGACGAUUAACAAACCCAAGCCUGGCACGAAUGAGUCAUCUCUACGAUACUACAUCUCAGCUGCCUAUGCUGCAAUACGCUCUAAAGUCUGCGUGAAGGAUGCUGCUGUAACGCUAGUAACGGCCUGUUCAUUCGUGUCAAAUCCACAAUGCUGGUGAUUUUUCUCAUGUUAAAAAAGUGCCAAAUUAUAGGGUUUUAAUUUUCGUUCUCCAAAAAGAUAUUUUCAGAGGUUGCGAUGAAUUUGCGCGAUUGCUGUUUUCUGAAUGCUUAAAAAUGUAUUAUUUAAAACGUCGUGCCAAAAAUAAUCCAGCUCAAAGCAUGUCUUUAAAUUCAUGCUAAAUCAGUGAUGUCUUAGUAAAAACAUAGCUUUAAUGCCACUGCACAGUUCAAUCAGUAUUAUCCUACUAAUUUUCUGUUAAGUUAGACACUGGGCUAAUUUGGAAAUCUUAGCACUUUAGAAAGCACUGCAAAAAAUAUGGUGUUAGGCGCAACUGUUGUGCAGCUGUGCGAUCUGACGGAUUCUUUGUCACGAGAGAAAUGUGCAAGCGUUGUAUUUUGCUUCAUUGUAACUGCUGCUUAACUCUUCUCCAUUCUGUAUAUUGUAGGUCGAAGAAAGAUUCUAUAAAAAAAAUUGCAUUUUCCAGAAGAUGUAUUUUUAAUGAUUGUGUAUUAAAUAAUUUCAGAAAUGACA